CAAGCCUCUUAAAGGUGCAGGUGCUGUUACAGCGUGGCUGUGUCCUGAGCGCUGGGUAUUGUCACUAGGGGACCAAGUGUGGCUGUGCCACCACUCCGCACCGUGCCGGAGCACAGGGCAACGAUGAAACAUGCAGAGCAUGACACAGAGGAGAGUGACCCUGUGGGGGGAGCAGAUCGACAAUGGGAAUGCGAGGUCGCCUGGCAGGAUGAUGGAGAGGACAGGGAAAGCAUCUGUGAAAGCUUCCGGCUCCUGCAGAUUGACACAGGCUGUGACAGCCCAAAGGACGUUCCUGUGGGGAGCGAGAAGUGGUACUCGAGGAAUGUUUUGAGGAAACAGAGGCAUUGGGAGAAAAUAGUUACGGCAAAGAAGAAGAAGAGAAAACAGGAAAAAGAGAGGAGAAAAGCUAAACAUGCUGAAGAUAAAGGUGCUGCUCACCAGCACAGCAAACGGGUUUUAAAAGUGAUCACCAAGGAGCGGCUUCUGGCGGCCAAAGAGGCAGCCCCCUGGCUAUGUAUAGAUCUGAGUAUGACCAGCCACAUGACGAAGAAGGAAAUAAGUCGCCUUGCCGCUCAGAUAAGGAGGCUGUAUGGUUCCAACAAGAAAGCUGGAAAGCCGUUUUGGAUUUGCCUUACUGGAUUUGUGGCCGGCAGUCCUAUUUCUGAAGAGUGCUUCCGAAUGAACGAUGGGUUUUCCAAUUACCUCAUGGAUACCACUCCAGAAAGUUACCUUGACCUAUUUCCUUUAGAGACAAUUGUCUACCUCACUCCUGACUCGGAGAAUGCUCUGCAGGACAUUGACCCCCAUAGAGUGUACGUCCUCGGCGGGCUCGUAGAUGAAAGCAUUCAGAAGAAACUGACCUUGCAGAAGGCACAGGAGCACUCCUUGCAGACCGCUCGGCUGCCCAUUGCAGAGUACAUGGUGAAGAACGCCAACGUGAAGAACUACCAUUCAGAGACGUUAGCAAUCAAUCAAGGAACCACUGAUGGCUGCUCUCUUGAAACAAGCAAUAGGAUGAAAACAGUUCUUGCAGGGAAGAUGCCCUAAAUCGAGACUGUUGCCCCACUUUACCUAUUCACCUUCUGUAAGCUGUGGUGUGUUAUACUGCCAGGAUAUAUUCCAGGAAGAAAGGAAGCAUAAACAUUUUUAAGUAUAAAGUGCACAUAAAGGGAAGUUCGUUAGCUUAUCCAGUGCUGUUGCCACCUACCUUUGUUGAACACACUCCCCCCCCCGCCAUUUAAAUGGGGGGGGGGAACACCCAAACUAGAUUUAGAAGGCCUGAGUCUCAUUCCAGUGGGGGGCUGUGUGCACUGCAGCUGGGGGUGUGAUUUGCAGCUUGUAGCAAUGUACCAGCACUAGCUGUACUCUACCUAGCUCGCUAAAAGUGGAAGUGAAGAUGCUGUAGCAUGAGCUUUUGUGCAGGCCACAUAAAUGAGUAUUCAUGGGCAGGCAGGCACACUUCUGAAACCUACCCUGUGGCAUCCUCUCUCUGCUAUUUUCUAAAGUGCAGGAAUGUCUACAUGAGCGGCAAAUGACACCCACAGCUGCUGUACAGCCACAUCCUAGGACUCCUUUAUGCGGCCGGAGAUGUGGAUGGGGCCUUAAUGUACCUGAGAGUUGGACUCAAAGUAUUUAAAGAUCUAGCUAACAAACAGCUGCAGGUGCUGUGGCUGGCUGCAAUGUUUACUCCUGGGGGAAUUCUGCGCAUGCGCAGCAUUCAUGGGCCAAGAAGAAUUUUCUUUUUCCCUGCAGCAAAUAACUUCUGAGGGAAAGUUGCUGAAGUUAUGCCUUUUGCCCACCAGGGGCCACUGUGGCACUAGAACAGAACAGCUGCUUCAGGGCUAGCCCCAUCUGCUGAUAGGGAAGAGAAGGUAGCACCCUGCCUGUGGGGCCAGGUCAGGAGACAGGGGA